CCUGCCUGUCCACAUACCAUGUCCGACCUGGUAUGUCGACCCUGUCUCUCUCUAUCUCCUCUCUCCUCUCUUCUCUCUCUUGUCUGCUCCCUUGUCCUGUCCCUCUCCUCUCCUCCUAGCCCCCUCUUAUGCCUCUUUCUGGAAGGUUUCCGCCGCUCACACCUCCUCCAGGGUUGCGAGUUGCCGGGUCGUCGCCCUGCCUCUCUCUUGUCACGAGCCGUUACGUACCCGCUUUAGAGAGACAUGGCGAUGAAUUCUUGUGUGUGUAUGUGUGCGUGUGCGUGCGUGUGCGUGUGCGUGCGUGUGUGUGUGUGUGUGUGUGUGUCUGUGUGUGUGUGUUCGUGACCCCCCCUCUCUCCCCCCAUAUACCCGUCCCCAUACCCAUCCCCAGCAUUAUACCAGAAACCGACGGCUCGCAAAAACCACUACUACUUCUUAUCCUCCUCCCUCUCUGCCAGCUAGUUCGUAUCUCUCCCUCCCCCCCUUCUCUCUCUCCCUCCUCCCCAUCUCAGACACUUCCACGUGCCCGGGACUCCAUACGGCCCGGUGUCUCUCCCUCCCAUAUAUCCUCUCUACCUACGCAUGUUUCUCCGUCUAAGCACGUACGAACGUACGCUACUUCGCCGUAGCAUUAUUAGUUCAGUCGAUAUCACACAUAAGUAGAGACACAUCUGACA